AUGGGAUUCUCCGCCGAUCCCUCGCCUCCCUCUUCCCCUCCCUCGAUCAAGCAGCGCCUCCGCUCCUCGAUCUCCUUCUCCUGCUGCUUCCGCGGCGCCAUCGUCAGCGCCAGUGCCGCCGCCGACGAGGAUCAGCCGGCAUCGCUGGUCCGAUCCUCCGCGGCGUGGAUCCGGUCCAAGGCGCAGGAUCUGAUGGAGAUCGUGGGGCAGUGUCCCGGCCUUGUUCCGGCAAUCGGGAGGCGCCACCAGGCCCACCGCCGCCGCCGCUCCUGCGACUUCCGCUACGACCCGCUCAGCUACUCCCUCAACUUCGACGAGGGCCCCGACGAAGAAGACGCUGUCCUCGCCGGAUCUGGCGAGCGGCCAUUAGGACACCCGAGCUUCUCCUCCCGCCUACCUCCAUCCUCGCCGCCGCGCCCGGCCAUAGAGAUGGCGUGUUAG